AUGGCUGGUGAAAACGGUGACGCUCGUCGCAAGGGAGGCGAGUACUCGACCAACCCCAACACACAGCGCACUCGAACCUACCUGGCCAACCAGACUCCUGAGCAGAAGGCGCUCAAGUCCAAGGUCUUCUCCGAGUAUCGUGCCUUCCGCACCACCUGCAUCAAGCGCGCCAACAUGUCCGACUACAUCUACGAGCGUGACCGCGAUACCAAGGUCAAGAUGCUGUCCGACUCUCUCAAUACCCUGGUUGCGAACCGCACUGCCCGCAAUAUCCAGUACAUGGGCCAGUCUGUCAAGCGCUUCGCCGAGCGCUACCAUGACAAGGCGUUCCUCCGGAGCGUGGAGCAGGCCAAUGCCCUCCCCCAGGGCGGCCUCUCCACUGGCUCCUCUCCUGAGAGCCAAACUGGCAUCACCAACCCCAGCCAGCUUCAGGACCCUGAGGAGGAGGGCGCCAACAAUGGCGACACUGUGGUCUCUGAACUCUCUGAGGAGUUGACCACCAUCAGCCAGCUUCUCAACAUGCAGGCCAGAGCCACUAUGGAGACCUACAACGGCCUGACUGACAUCAUGCACGACCUCGGCUUCUAA